AUGUCUUUAACAAACUGUCGGUUCUAUGAGGACAAGUACCCGGAGGUGGACAGCUUUGUCAUGGUUAAUGUCAAGCAGAUCGCCGAGAUGGGCGCAUACGUGAAGCUGCUCGAAUAUGACAACAUCGACGGCAUGAUCCUCCUCUCAGAACUCUCUCGCAGACGUAUUCGCAGUAUCCAGAAGCUCAUCCGUAUUGGGCGCAACGAGGUCGUUAUCGUGCUUCCGACGUGUCUCUCCCGAGGAUGUCAUCAAGUGCGAGGAACGUUACAACAAGAGCAAGGCAGUGCACUCUAUCAUGCGCCACGUCGCAGAGGCGACCCAGACCCCCUCGAGACCCUAUACGAGAACAUCGGGUGGCCUUUGAACCAGAAAUACGGCCACGCACACGAUGCUUUCAAGAUCUCCAUUACGAACCCCAACGUCUGGGAUGAGAUCACCUUCCCUAGCGAUGCCGUCAAGAGCGAGCUGCAGCAAUACAUCAGCAGCAAGCUGACCCCCCACCCUACCAAGGUCCGUGCCGAUAUCGAGGUGACCUGCUUCGGUUACGAUGGAAUCGAUGCCGUCAAGGAUGCCCUCCGUACCGCUGAGGCCGACAACACCCCCGAGAACCAGAUCAAGGUCAGACUGGUGGCUCCUCCCCUCUACGUCCUAGCCAGUCAAUGUCUUGACAAGACCCUCGGCGUUAAGUUGCUUGAGGCGGCUAUUGUGAAGAUCGAAGAGCGUAUCAAGGCGAACGGCGGUAGCUGCACCGUGAAAAUGGCACCCAAGGCCGUCACUGAGCACGACGAUGCGAUCCUGCAAGAGCUUAUGGAGAAGCGCGAGCGUGAGAACACCCAGGUCAGCGGAGAUGAGGACUCCGAGAGUGAUGAGGGUGUUCCCGAGUAA